GUUUUCCAGGGGAGUUUGUUGAUGGACGCGGCCCUGUUUGCGGGGCGUUCCUUCCGGGUGGGGUGGGGUCCCGGCUGGACGCUGGCGCACUGCGGCCACCGGCUGAGCUCCCCCCCCACCAAACCGCUCGACCGCCAAGAACUCACCAAAACGGACUUCAGCUUCCUGCCAAAACCUCCCAGGAAACCGCUGAUGGAGAGCCCCUAUAAGGUGGUGUUGGAGCAGCUGGUGGGUCUGGGGCCUCCGGCUGGAAGGAGCCGGGUGGAGGAGGAGGAGGAGGAGGAAGAGGAGGGCCGGGCGGUGCUGCAGCGCCCCCUGGAGAUCUGUCUGAGGCACAGCGUGGUGGACACCCCCGACGCCUCCGCCUGUCCUCUGGUGCGGCCGCGGCCCGGCGUGGCGGCGCUGCACGAGUACGCCGAGUGGAUCGGAGACCUGGCCGACGAGCAACGGGACCACGACCCCCUCCUGGGUUACUGGGCGGAGGUCUGGACCCUGUGCGAGGCCCUGUGGGGCCGGCUGGGCCCCGCGGACCAGGAGCCAGAGGUUGAGCCCCCCAGCGAGUACGAGCAGCAGCUGGAGCGGAGGCGGAGCUUCUCGGCCUGGCUGUCCCGCGGCGCCGCCGGCCGCGUGGAGGACGAGGUGGCGCUGGUGGGGAAGGGCCGGCACACGGAGGCCGUCUUCAGCUACCUGACGGGGAACCGCAUCAGCGAGGCCUGCCGCCUGGCGCAGAAACAAGGAGACCACCGUCUGUCCCUGCUGCUGUCCCAGGCCAUGGGGUCCCAGUACUGCCGGGACCUGCUGGCCCUGCAGGUCUCGGACUGGAACCGCAUGCAGACCGACAGCUACCUGCCCGAGGAGCGGCUACGCAUCUUCACGCUGCUCGCCGGGAAGCCUGUGUGGCAGUCGUCGGACUCUGUGGUCAACGUGUGCUCUGAGCUGGACUGGAAGCGCUGCGUUGCGGUCCACCUCUGGUUCAUGUUGCCCCCGACCGCCUCCGUGGCCGACGCCCUCGCCAGAUACGAAGCCGCCUUCCAGGGCUCGUGUGAGGCGGGUAAGUACGCCUGUGCCCCCCUGCCCCCGUACCUGGAGGCGCUGCAGCCGGACAUGGACGAGGAAGACGAGGAGGAAGAGGAGUCCAAACGGCCGCUGCACGACCUCUGCUUCCACCUGCUCAAACUCUACAGCGACAGACACUACAGCCUGCAGCAGCUGUUGGACCCCCUGACGGUCACCUGGGAGCGCCUGGACUACCGCCUGAGCUGGCACCUGUGGGGCGUCCUGCAGGCGCUGCACUACAGCCACCUGGGCGCCUCGCGGCAGGGCCUGCUCCACGCCAGCUACGCCGCGCAGCUGGAGAGCGCCGGCCUCUGGGACAUGGCGGUCUUCAUCCUGCUGCACAUCCCCGACCACGCUCAGCGGGAGCGGGCGGUGCGGGAGAUGCUGACCCUCCACGUCCCCCUUCAGGAGACGGCCCAGUCCGUCCGGAGGGAGCGCUUCCUGACCCAGAAGCUGCUGGUCCCGGAGCAGUGGAUCCACGAGGCCAAGGCCACCCGGGCCCGCCGAGACGGGGACCGGCACCAGGAGGCCCUGCACCUGUACCGGGCCGGGUACUGGAGCCAGUGUCACCGGCUGCUGAUCCAGCACCUGGCCUCAGACUGCAUCAUCAACGACAACCACGACUACCUGCUGGAGUUCCUGGAGGGGCUGGCGGUCCCUGAACACAGCGCCACCAUCCAGGACUGGGACACCGCCGGGAGGGUCUACCUGGACUACAUCCGCGUGGUCAAGACCCUGCAGGACAUCCAGCAG